UUCUCUCUUGCUCUUGCUAAGACCCUAGUACCUGAUCUCUAACUCAGAAUUAUGUAUCUUUGAGGCAGAAAUCUCCACGCAAGAAGAGGGAAGAAUGGCAAAUCUUAUCUGGUAGGGUACCUUUCCCUAAAGUUUCAAUUUUAAGUCAUUCAGACUCAUACUUUUCCUCUCCUCCCUUCUAUUCCCUUGGUUGCUGGACUUUCCUUGGGAGCUAUCUGAUGCCUCAGACUUUUCCCUGCUUUAAUCCCUCUUGCUCAGGUGCUUUCACUCCCUUUCCAGAAGGCAGGCAUUCUACCUCCAGUUACUCCAUCUAGCCAGACUGGUUUGAAUCAGCCACACCCCCUUCUGAGCUUCUGGGGCUCUUCGGAUGGUGGCUGGCCACCCAACCCCACCCCUGGGCUUGGCUUGGAGCCCUGAGUCAGCUCCAUCUCCACCCAAGCCAAAUCAAACCUGAGGCAGGAGCCGAAACUCACAGUUCCUCAAGGCCUAAUAGCCAGGUGAUGGAGGACGAGGAGAAGGCAGUGGAGAGCUUGGUGAGCAACACGGAAGCUGCUUGUUCUCCAUCCCCCAUUCGCUGCUGCUCGCUCCGCCUCCGCUACUUGGCAGCUACUAGCAUUAUAUGUGGCUGCUCUUGCCUGGGAGUCGUGGCCCUUGUGUUUGCCAUCAAGGCGGAAGAGCGGCAUAAGGCAGGCCGGUUGGAGGAGGCAGUGCACUGGGGGUCCCGGGCCCGGAGGUUCAUCCUGGCCAGCUUUGCCGUCUGGCUUGCUGUCCUUGUUCUGGGCCCGCUGCUUCUAUGGCUGCUCUCCUACGCCAUCGCCCAGGCUGAGUGACCCUGGCUGGCCUUUGCUGAGAGUCAGCCGAGACAUCCUGGAUCCUGCAAUGCGGCAUUGCUAGGGUCUGGUGCCAACAAUGGUACUUCCUGGCUGGAAGGAUGGUGCCUCUCUCAAAGGGCUUUGGAAGAGAGAGGCAGCAGCUGAGACUGAUGAGGGGAGGUCAGCCUGCUCUGUUCUUUCAGUGCCCACCAUCCCCUAUUCCCCCCAAUCUCCUCCAUCCUAGGGGCCUCUAGGAGGUGGGGUUGAAGCCCAGGCCUGAUUUUAUUAGUAUUUGUUUUGUAAUAAAAAUCUUUUUUAGUGGCGAAA